CUCUCCUCUCCGGGGAUGAUGAACACCUCAGCCAACUGCUCUGGCCCGGGCUCUGGCUCUGGGGACGGGCAGAGUGAGGGUGAGGGUGAGCGGCUGCUAGUUCGCCUCCUCUCCUCCCUCACCUCCUUCGCCCUCCUCUGCUUCUUCAGCGCGGCGAUCGGCGGCGCGGUGCUGUCCGCCGACCGUCUCCGCUCCCAGACCCGCUUCGUUCUGCUGCUCCAUCUGCUCCUGUCGGCUCUGCUGUACUUCGGGCUGAGCUCCGGCUUCUACCUGGUGCAGCUGUCGGGCGCUGCUGUGCCGGGGGGCGGCUGCCAGGCGCUGCUGCUGAUGCUGAUGGUGUGUGGUUCCUGUAUCCUGCUCACCUUGACCCUGAUGGCUGUAGACCGCUACCUGGCUGUGUGUUACCCCCUCCGCUACAGCUCCCUGUGCCCCGGCCACCGAGCCCGCUACAUCUGCCCCUUCCUCUGGCUCCUCUCCUCCAUCCUCCCCCUGGUCCUGGUCAGCCAGCAACAGCCGCCCAUCUCUCUCUCCUCCCUCUCCGGCCACUGCUCGACCUCCUGCCAACUGCGCUCCGGACACCAGCUCCGGCAGAGUUGCAAGUUCGCGCUGAUCGGCGCCUGCACCCUGUUGAUCCUCUUCAGCUACCUGAAGAUCUUGGCCGAGAGCCGACGGAUCGGGACCCUGACCCGGCACAACCGGCGGGCCAGGAGCACCAUCCUCAUGCAUGGAGCCCAGCUGGCAGUCUAUAUCAUCCCCACCUUCAUCACCUUCCUGCUCCAGCGUCUAGCUCAGGCCGGCCGCCUGCAACAAUACACCAAGGUUCGCUUCGAAGGGGUCAACUUCGCCUUCUUCAGCCUUGCCCAGUGCAUCAGCCCCGUUAUCUACGGCUUGCGGAAAGACGAGCUCCGGCACCUGCUCUCCCACAAGUUCCCCUGUUACCCCCGGCACUACAAGCCGGCCCUGCGUUGGACUGUCCGCCGCCGACUGCCCAGCCCUGAGCGGCCGCCAAACCCAACCCUCUCCCCGGGCUGAAACCCCCCUGCCUCUCCUUCUCGCCCCUCUGGACCUGCAGCGUGGAGAGGGGGUGGACAGAGAGAGAGAGGGAGACCUCGGCACCCAAUGUGGGUCUCAUCAACUUAUCAUCAUCAUCAGUCUGAAGAAGGGUCUCGACCUGAAACAUCACCCAUCCAAUUCUUCCCUCCAGAGAUCCAGCUGAGUUACUCCAGCACUUUGUGUCUAUCUUGGGUCUUAUCUUGGUCGACUCGAUCUUGGCUGGAUGGAUGGAUGGAUGGACGGGGAGAGAGAGAGAGACUCCCGUGCCGAAUGUGGGCCUCCUCGUCAACAUUGGACUUGCUCUUCCCAACGGGUUGACAGCGUUGGUCAACAGACAGCGAGGAUGGAUGGAGAGGGAGAGGGAGAAACUCGGCGGCCAAUGUUGAUCUCAUCACCAACACUUGACUCCUGGGCAAUGAUGGAUGGAGAGGGAGAGAGAACGAGAGGGACCUUGGGGCCCAUGUUGACUUUUCAUCCACACUAGACCUUGCCCUACAAAGUGGUUGGCUCAGCUUUGGUCAACAGACAGCGAGAAUGGAUGGAGGGAGAGACCCCAUCAUCUUAUCAUUGUCUUAUCGACACUAGACCUUGCCCUACAAACUGGUUGGGUCAGCUUUGGUUAACAGACAGCGAGAAUGGAUGGAUGGAGGGAGGAAAUACCAACAUCAAUACUCGAUCUGCCAACUGGUUGACUUAAUCUUGGUCGAGUCAGCAAAGAUGCAUGGAUGGAUGGAUGGAGAGAGAGAGAGAGAGAGACCACGUCAUCUUAUCAACUCUGGACUUGCCCUGAAAGCUGGUUGACUCGGUAUUGGACGAGAUAUAGGAUGGAGAUGGGAGACUCCAGUGCUGAUUGUGGGGGUUUAUCAUCAACAUUGGACUUGCCCAACCAACUGGUGAUCAGGUCUUGGUCAACAGACAGCGGGGAUAGACAGGGAGAGAGACCCCAUCAUCUCAUCAUCAACUCCGGACUUGCAAACUGGUUGACUCAGUCUUGGUCGAGAGAUGGCAAGGAUGGAGAGAGGACAGGAAAGGCACUGCAAAUGCCGAUUUGGACCAAAGUCUCGACCCGAAAGGUCGCCCGUCCCUUUACCUCCAGUGGUGCUGCCAGAACUUCGUGUCUAUCUCCAAAAUGGCUUUCUCUCCCCUGCCAAAUGUAACCAUGGACUUUCGUGCGGAACGUGAGGAGAUGGGCCGCGUUGGGUUGGUACAAGAGGUCCACAGACUGGGUGGCAGGAGGGAGAAGGGUCAAGUCCACACAGGGACCUGCCUGGCAGAGGGAUUGAGCCAUCGAGGGAUGAAGCCAGGCUUUGGGACGUUGUUAUGGAGCCACACUCUCACUCCCACCCCUGCCCAACACAUACGGCAGGGACUGGAGAAGCCCCCCCCCCCUCCCUCCCCCAAACACCACCAUCCAUGUCUUCCACAGAUGCUGCCUGAUCUCACUGAGUUUUUGGUGUUUGGCCCAACUCUACGGCCAGUGCAGAGAAUGAUGGGGUGGGCGAGCCUCGAUGCGAGAGAGUGGCCGGCUGGGGCUCAGGCCCAUUGCAAGAC